CUCGCGGCCGCGGAGCGGAUGGGCCUUCCCAGCUUCACCGCCUCGGACCUCGACACGGGCCCAGUGUCAGCUGUGGUUGCCUCUGUUCUGGCACUAAGGGAUCAGUUUCUCCCACAUGCUGGGGAAGGCUGGAAUUUUAGCGUACAACAAAAUGGCAGGAAGCACAGCAAUGAACUUCCCAGAAGGGAGAAUGGUCAGGUAACACAAAAUUUUGAAGUAACAGAAGAUAGCAAACAAAUGGAAACCAUGGCACAGAAGGUCUCCAAAAGUCCGGCUGUAUCAGAACCAUUAUCUCCUAAAGUACGACCUGGACAAUCUUCUAUAUCACGGCAUGCUGGACGCAAUUUUCAUGAAGUCUUCCAACUUAGGCAAGGAGGUUAUUCUGAUCUGCCAAGUUGUAAAAUUUCAGAGAUGAUGAAGUCCACCAGCAUGGAUAAUGCCCCUACGCAGUCACUUUUGAGUGUUGUGAAUGGCAUCCUUGAUGAGAUCAUUGAGAGGAAGAAUGGAGAAAUUCCUUAUCAACUCUCUUGCUUGUUGAGACGGAUCGUACUGGAGAUUGAGCGCCGUAUUUCUACGCAGGCAGAGCAUAUAAGAAAUCAAAAUAACCUUAUGAAAGCACGUGAAGAGAAAUAUAAAUCAAGGAUAAGAGUGCUAGAAGCACUAGCAAAUGGGAACAGUGGGCAAAUACAUGUAAGCUCAAGUGCUACAAAUGACAAAGAACAUGUUGCUGAAGACCCUGUGCAACAGAUAAAGCAGAUGGAGAAAGACAAACUUCAAGAGAAAAGGCGUUUAGUUGAGGAAGAUCUGACAAAGUUGAUCAAGGACAAGGAAAAUGUAACUAGAUUAACAAAGGACAAGGAAGACAUGGCUAGACUGUUGAAUGACAAGGAAGACAUAAUUCGGUUGAUGAAAGAGAAGGAAGAAAUGGCUAGAUUGAUAAAGGCGAAGGAAGACAGGGUUAUCUUGAAGAAAGGUAAGGAUGAAGACAGAGAUCAAUCGGCAAGUGAACCUAUAGCUAAGCCAAUUGUUCACAAGGAUGAACUCAUUAGUUUAAUGAAGGAUAGAGAUAACAAUAAAAAUACAAUUAUGAGACUAAAGUUGGAACUAGAAGCUACCAAAUCAUCAUACGAAGAGAGCCACAGCCUCCUGGAGUCUAAGAAGGAAGAUGUACUUAAGCUUCUGAAGGAUAAGGAGAACAGUGACAAUGUAAUAUCACAACUCCGGCAAGAACUUGCCAUAGCAAGAAGAUCACAUGAGACAUAUAUUCAAGAAUUGAAGACAACGGCUUUGCAGGAAAAUAGGGAGCUCGAACAUAGGAUAAAGGAAGUAGAGCUAAAGCUAGAACAUUCUACCAAUAGAGGAAGAUACCUUGAAGAUUUGCUGGAAUCAAGAAUCCAAACUUGGGAGCAGAAGGAAAUCAUGCUGAGCGAAUUUGUAGGUCUACAAGUACAGAAUGUUCAGGAUUUGAGGUUAUCUUCUGUUUCCAUUAGGCAUGAAAUCCUAAACUGCCAGAAAAGCUGGUCUGAAGAACUUAGUGGCCUUGGACAAAGCCUUAAGGUAUUGACAAGUGCUGCAGAAAAUUAUCAUGCUACUCUUGAAGAAAAUAGAAAAUUGUUCAACGAGGUUCAGGAGCUAAAAGGAAAUAUCAGAGUCUUUUGCCGGAUAAGACCUUUUCUUCCUAACGAGGAUCAUAAGUCUAGUACAACUGAACUUAUUGGUGAUAACGGUGAACUCAUUUUAGCAAACCCUACAAAAACCGGAAAAGAGGGGAGCAAGCUGUUCAAAUUUAACAAAGUACUUGGUCCCACGUCUUCUCAAGAUGAGGUAUUCAAGGACAUUCAACCACUAAUUAGAUCUGUCCUUGAUGGCUAUAAUGUUUGCAUUUUCGCAUAUGGUCAAACAGGAUCAGGAAAAACCUACACAAUGACUGGACCUGAAAAUGCAACCGAGGAGGAACUGGGUGUCAAUUUCAGAGCUCUGAAUGACCUGUUUCUGAUAUCACGCAAUCGUGGAGAUACAAUCAUGUAUGAUGUUAGUGUCCAAAUGAUUGAGAUAUAUAACGAACAAAUCCGUGAUCUCUUAGGCAGCAAGGGUUCAGAGAAGAAACUAGAGAUAUUGAAUGCCAGCCAUCCCAGUGGGCUUGCUGUUCCUGAUGCAACAAUACAUCCUGUCAACUCAACUUCUGAUGUUAUUGAGUUAAUAAGAACAGGACUUGGUAACAGAGCUGUGGGUGCGACAGCACUGAAUGAACGAAGCAGCAGAUCUCACAGUGUUGUCACUGUACACAUUCAAGGUGUAGAUUUGAAAACUGGAGCUACUUUACGUGGGGCGCUCCAUCUUGUUGAUCUUGCUGGAAGUGAAAGGGUGGACCGUUCUGCUGUCACAGGCGAUAGACUCAAAGAAGCACAACACAUUAAUAAAUCUUUGUCUGCUCUUGGAGAUGUUAUAUUUUCUUUAUCACAGAAGACUUCUCAUAUACCAUACCGAAACAGCAAACUUACGCAAGUUCUGCAAAGUUCUUUGGGUGGCCAUGCAAAGACCCUGAUGUUUGUGCAGAUCAAUCCAGAUGUCUCAUCUUAUGCAGAGAGUUUAAGUACUUUGAGGUUUGCUGAAAGAGUAUCUGGAGUGGAACUAGGUGCUGCAAAGAUGAAUAAAGAAGGGAAAGACAUCAGAGAAUUUAAGGAACAGCUCUCACUGCUCAAAGAUAAAAUUGCAAAGAAGGAUGAGGAAAUCAACCAGCUACAGACUCACACUCCAAGGACUAUGUCAGGCAAACGUGCUGAUUCCUUACUGAAACGUUCAUCCUCCUCCUCAGGCGUUUCAUAUCUGGGUAGCAAAAUCCAACAUCGAAGAACGGCAUCUUGUGGGAAGGCACUGGGCUUUGUCAGUAGGGGCUCCGAUGCUGACAACUUCUCUGAGAUUAGUGACAGGCAUUCUGAAGCUAGUUCUAUGCAGUCUGUUGAUGAUAUCCAUCAGCAGAGUGAGAUUAUGGCACAUUCUAAGCUCUCUGAAGAUGAGACAGGUCCAAACUCAGCUGAUCCUGAGAUUGACUGUUUUGGUUACGCUGAUUCAGAGGGGAGGUUAAGCGAUAUAUCAGAUAGUGGCCUAUCCAUGGGAACAGAAACCGAUGGUUCAGUAAGUAGCAUGGUAGAGUAUGCUCUUUUCCCAGAGCAGGAAAAAAAUGCUAGCACGUGGAAAGAACAAAAAGGGGCACCUAACACGCCAAUAGAUCGAUUACGUAAGGUGACCACUCGAGUACAGAAGGCAGCAACACCGAAAACAACAACAUCUUCUAGUUUGUGGCCCAAAUCAAGUGAUUCUCCUCCUAGAUCUCCAAGUGACAGCAUGAUGGAUGAAGCGGCGGCAAGCAUCCGACAUCUUAUGUGACAAGAAGGUCCCACAAAAGUUAAAAGUUAAGUUCUAUAGGACGAUAAUCAGACAUACGAUGUUGUAUGGAGCAGAGUUUUGGCCCACUAAAACACAUCAGAUCCAACAAAUGACUGUUACGGAGAGGUGCAUAGUACGGUCGUUGUGGCCAAACAAGAAAGGACUGAUUUAAGAACAAGAUAAUAAGUGAUAGGGUUGGGUAGCACCGAUCAACGAGAAGCUGGACCAACACCGACUAAGGUGAUAGUGGUACUAGAAGGGGAAAUGGGCGACCAAUGUUGACAUGGAAUUGACUUGAGGAAUUGGAAUUGACUUGACAAAUUCAGGUCGAAAAGACUCUUGUAGUGUGUUAUAUAGG